AUGAUCAAACUUCUACCAGUACAAUAUCAUAUUGUUCUUGCUGAAACAUAUAAUAAUCUAUUUCGUACAGCAGAUUGGGGAAAACACUGGAAAACUGCUCGAACUAUUUGUCUCAACAAAAUCGACACUCCAGCACCGACUACAAAUCAAUUGCGUCCAAUUUCAAUGUUACCAAUCUUCAGAUUAUCAAUUGUUCAUCUCGUAUCGGCCUUUUUGUAUUGGUGGGCAUGGGAUGAUCGAUCAUGGCGUGACGUUAUUAUGAUACCUGAAUAUCUAAAUCACAUCGAAGCUGGGCUUUAUAUAUGGUCAACUAGCUGGUAUCCAAGACUCGGUACACUUGGAGGUUAUUAUGCAAGGACAAUACACAAGAUCGAGUUGACUGCGUCUAUUGUGGAUCUAGUAGCGAAUUUUGGAUGGAUCAUGUCGUGGUAUAUGACUUACACACGUACCCUUGGUCGUGGUUUCACAUUGGAUGAUCCCGAUGUGAUUGCUUUUUCAACAACGACAAUCGCUGCAAUCAUUUAUGUAGUAUACAGCACUCAAGUUUACGUUCACCCAGAAGAAUAUAACGACAAUAUUUUGUAUACUUAUGGAGACAUCAUGUAUUUUCUUGGUGCUUGUUACUAUUUAUUUGCUGGUUUGCGUGACAGUAAUUGGCUUUGGUUUCUUCCCUUCGCAGGUCAAUAUGGUGUGGCGGCAGGCAGAGUACACGUUGAAACAAAGCCUCUGCCAAAAAUUGGGCAACCAGUCGUGCUGAUGACAGAUUGUUGCCGGCGACGACCAAAGAAAAAAAUUGAGAAAGCAGAAGAAGAAGAAUUGAAUGGACGCAAUGACAUUAUCAUUUCAUAUUUUUAA